AUGUUAGGAGAAGAGAAAGAGAAAAUGGAUGUCUUGGUUCUGGUGGACACUAUGACCGCUAGACCAGCAAGCCCUCUGAGACCUAACAACAUGCAACCUGGUGAAAGAACUCCUCAAGUGACCAGAGUCACCAAUGCCAAUCACUCGGCCUCUGUAGGAACUGUAGAGACAGAGAGGCAGAGAGAAAUUAUAACACCGGAAGCUGAGCAUGUGGACGCGAGACUGGCCGUGGCUGAUCUCCACUCUCACCCUCACCCGCUGCUGGAUCCCAGCAUGCCUGGGCCUCUGCCUCCGGGCCUGGGCGACCACGACCUCCUAACCUGUGGCCAGUGCCAACUAACAUUCCCACUGGGGGACAUUAUGCUCUUCAUCGAGCACAAGAAAAAGCAAUGUCAGGGUUUGACGACCGGCCACAGCUGCUACGACAAGAUGAUGGACCGCAAUAGCCCCUCGCCGCCCCGCACAGAACUGAGGAAAGUGGUGGAACCGGUCGAAAUUGGAAUCCAGGUGACACCUGAAGAGGAGGACGAGAGACUGUUGACACCUCCAAAAGGAAUUUGCCCCAAGCUAGAAAGUGGCCUGGCAGGUAGAGAUGAACCUUCGAGUUACAUAUGCACAACGUGCAAACAGCCCUUUACCAAUGCCUGGUUCCUCCUGCAGCACGCUCAGAACAUGCAUGGGAUCCGCAUCUACUUGGAGACCAACCCCUCAAAUACCUCCCUGACCCCACGGAUCACUAUUCCUCCCCCCAUUGGUGCUGAAUCCAUACCACAGUCCCCAUUAACCAACUUUUUAGGGGACAACAACCCCUUCCACCUCCUACGGAUGACUGGGCCCCUACUCCGAGAGCCCCCACCAAGCUUUGUGGAAAACCGCCUGCCUAAUACGCCUCCCUUUGUCAGCCCCCCUCCUCGCCAUCACUUAGAUCCCCAUCGCCUAGAACGCCUUAGCGCAGAGGAAAUGGGUUUAAUCUCCCAGCAUCCCAGUGCCUUUGAGAGAGUGAUGCGCAUGACACCCAUGGCCAUGGAGUCCCAGUCCAUGGAUUUCUCCCGCCGACUUAGGGAGCUCGCUGGAAACAACAACUCCACUCCACCGCUGUCACCAAGCCGUGCCAACCCUAUGCAUCGCCUCCUCAAUCCCAACCCCUUCCAGCCCAGCCCGAAGUCGCCCUUUCUGAGCACCCCUCCGCUGCCUCCCAUGCCCCCUAACAGCACCACCCCGCCACAGACACAGGCCAAGUCAAAGUCCUGUGAGUUCUGUGGCAAGACCUUCAAGUUUCAGAGUAACCUGGUUGUUCAUCGGCGAAGCCACACGGGCGAGAAACCCUACAAGUGCCAACUGUGUGACCAUGCCUGUUCUCAGGCUAGCAAACUGAAACGCCACAUGAAGACCCACAUGCACAAGUCUGGCUCUUUGACAGGGCGCUCUGACGAUGGCCUGUCCACCACCAGUUCACCCGAGCCAGGCACUAGUGACGUCACCGGGGAGGGUAUGAAGAACAGAGAUGGCGACUUUAGAGGUGAGGGCAUGGGCCCUGAAAAUGAAGAGGAGGAGGAAGAGGAAGAAGAGGAGGAACUAGAAAAUGAGAGCAGGCCUGAGUCAAACUUCAGCAUGGACUCAGAGUUUAGUCGGAAUAGGGAAAAUGGCUCAAAGCCACUUUCAGAUGAGAAGAACCUCUCCUUGGGGAAGAUGGUGGAAAAUGUAGGGCUCAGCUCCAUCCAGCAGUACAAUAACUUAAUAGUCGACAAUCGGAAAAGGCUUCCGUUCUAUAAAAGAAUGUCAGAAGGGCAGAGGGAUGCAGGUGACAACGAUUCAGUAGUGGGGAAAAUGGACCAAGUGGAGCGCGCAACUGUGAACGGAAGGAACUGUGGCUCAGGCGACUCUUUCUCGGGCCUGUUUCCCCGCAAGCCCACUCCCAUCACCAGCCCAAGCUUCUCCAACUCCUCUAACAAGAGGAUCAAAAUCGAAAAGGAUUUGGACAUACCCUCAGCCCCCCUAAUCCCAUCUGAAAAUGUCUACUCCCAGUGGCUAGUGGGCUAUGCAGCAUCCCGCCACUUCAUCAAAGAUCCCUUUCUUGGCUUCACCGAUUCCAGACAAUCUCCAUUCGCCACCUCCUCGGAGCACUCUUCCGAGAACGGCAGCCUGCGAUUCUCCACGCCGCCAGGGGACCUGCUGGACGGGGGCCUCUCCGGCCGCAGUGGUACCGCUAGUGGAGGCAGCACCCCACACUUGGGACCGGGCCGGCCCAGCUCAAAAGAAAGCCGGAGGAGUGACACUUGUGAGUACUGUGGGAAGGUGUUCAAGAACUGUAGCAAUCUGACAGUGCACAGACGCAGCCACACAGGCGAGAGGCCCUACAAGUGUGAGCUUUGCAACUACGCCUGCGCCCAGAGCAGCAAGCUCACCCGCCACAUGAAGACACACGGCCAGCUCGGUAAGGAAGUGUACCGCUGUGACAUUUGCCAAAUGCCCUUCAGCGUCUACAGCACGCUCGAGAAACACAUGAAAAAGUGGCAUGGGGAACAUUUGAUGACGAAUGAGGUCAAAAUUGAACAAGCAGAGAGAAGCUAAGCCAGAUUUCCUAUUUUGUCUCACAAUUCCUUGAUUAUAAAAGGGGUAGCUGGAUACUCUGUUUUUUUAUUUUAUCUUUUUUCCGUUUGU